GUGGAGCUUCAACAUGUUAUUUGUGUUAUCUCAAUAUGCCUUUAAGCUAGAAAAGUGGACACUGCGGACUAACAUUUGUGUGCUUCAUUUGAUUUUGGUAUUAUUUUCAUUUUCCUCGUGCUCAGUUGAAUUCAAUUGGUUAGAAUAUUCGCAUCCAGAAAAAGCAUGAGUUGCGGUACUAAGACCCUCAAAAUCGCUUCGUUCGUACUGGAUUUUCUUUGCUGUGUUUUUGGAGCACUAUCCAUAGCUGCUUGCUCGUAUGCCCUAGCCGUGUUCCCGCAAAGUCUGGCCAUACGCAUACCCUGCAUUUUGGGCAUAGUGUUGGGUAUACUGCUCUUCGGCAGCACCAUCUAUGGCUGCAUUGCGGCACUGCGUGAGGACAUUCGCCUUAACUGGAUUUAUGUCGCCAUUUUGUUAGCAUUGAUAUGCGCACAAAUUACCGUUAUAUUCGCGCAACCAAUCAACUUUCAAUUGUUGGCCAAUGAGACGAUCCACAUUGCCUGGCAGCAGCAACUGUACAGCAAUGACAGCAUGUCCUACUAUGAAAUCAAGUAUCACUGUUGCGGCAAGUCGGGACCUCUGGAUUAUGCUUCGAGCAGGUUGCGCGUACCCGCUAGCUGUUAUUUAAAUCAGAAUUCGAGCAUUGCAACGGAUUUAUAUACCACGGGUUGUGACCAACGGUUGGCUGCUGCGUUUGUCAUGGGCACCCGAUAUGAGCGCACCACUGAUUGGUCUGUUGUGGGUCUCGAAUUACUAACUGUCAUAGUUGCCGGACUGUUUGCCAUUACGUUACAAAAUGCGGAGCGUAGACGUCUGUAUCGUUAACUUCAACUCAUGGCUGACAAUAUGAACAGUAUUCAAAGUUGUACAAAAGUUAUACUUUUUGUUUUGUCUUGUAAAUAAUUUUAUCAAAACCUUUACAAGCUUUAUCUGCUUGAAAACUAAAGAAACUGAAGAGAGCGCCACCUGUUGUGUUUUUAGGUUACUAGUAAUAUGAAUUUGUUAUUUGUGCAUAAGAUGGGCACUGCUGUUA